GAUUUACAUUGAAUAUUUGCUAUACUUAUAAAAGAGACUCGUUUAAAAUUAAUAGUAUUGACAACUAAUCGGUACUAACGUCGGAUCUUUUAAUCGAUAAAAUUCAAUUUUUAGUUAUAAGUACAUUUGUUGUUUGAAUCGGCUAUCAGUGAAGCUAAUCAGGCAACAAGGUCGAGAGAGAAAAUAAUCGAGUUUCGUGCUUGAUGAAGUUUCGCGACAUGGAUUCGCGUUUUCGAACGUAUGACAUUCUCAAUGUUCGUUUUGAAUGAUGAAAAAAAUCUAUGAAAAGAAUCUCUAUCGACCGCAUAAAAUAUUUUUGGAUACCAAUUUUUUUACAUAGUUUUUUUUAUACAUAGUUUGUAUUUCGAAUAUUAAAUUUGAAAGAGACUGGAGAAAAAUGGUUGAUAGGAUAAGGAGGACGUAAGAUUAGAAAAUGCGAGCCCUGAAAUAGAAUAUCGCAUGUAAUAAUUUGCGUUCGUAAAUAGACAUCGCUCUCGUGCAUAAGUAGCUUUUGGCAUAGCUGAUGAUCGUUCGCUUUUGGCAUUAAUCGGGGCAAUGUUCGCUAUUGAAAUGUAUUUACUUUAGUGAGGAUUUAGAUGAUUUCCGUAAAUUACAUACGCGUUGCAUAGAGUUACGAAGAAUAGAUGUAGGAAAAUGUUUACUAUCUAUAAAGUGCAAUUAAUUUCAUACAUAUUCGUGCUCUUAAACGUUUAAUCUAAAUCUAACCGCUCUUACGGUUAGAUUUUUUAGUUUAUUUAUUAACUUGUCACACGUACUUGACCUACAUAUUUACUGUAGGCUCCUUAAUAUUUUAUAGAUUACAUUAGAUGAGUCAUGCGUCCCUGUUCUUGUGACCGCUACAAGAAGUAUUAUAGAAAAAAAAGUAAAGUUAUAAGAAUUAAAAGUUUAGAAAAUCGUGGUUUAAGCAUUGUUUCUGUUUUUUUUUUCUUUUCCUUUUAUUCAUUUGUAAUAACAUUGAUUUUAAUCGCACAUUUGAACAACCAUAUGAACUUUUAUAUUAUAUUAGGAAAGUAUCGUGAAAAGUACAAAUGCAUAUCUUUUAAUCUAACUGUUUUUUAAUAUUUAACGUCAUCUUUUUCUUUGUCCCAAUAGCGUAUUUAAACUUUUCUUUUUUGCUUAUUUAACAAAUUUUGCUUAAUUACGUAUAAUUAGCGUAAACUGUUCAUUUUUGUUUAAGUAUGGAGCAUGGAGAAUAUUUUGUCAUACUUGAAGAAAUAAUAGAUACGACUGAAAAUUCACAUUUACAAAAAGAUAGAAAUUUGUCAAUUUUUUCCAUAAUAAGAAAUAUUAAUAACUUUCAACAUAAGAAAAAUUAAUGAUAGUGUUACUUUCGUGAACUUAAACGCAGAUGAUUUCGUUCGUGUCUCACCGUAUUCUUAUUUCUUAUCUUAUCGUUUGUUCUUUAUGAAAAUACAUAAGAUUGCUUCAUUUUCAAUAAAAACGUCAUCAAUGAUCGUUAACCAUCAUUAGUGAUAAAAAUUAUAAGGUUUUAAUACGGUUUUGAGUCCAUUUAUUCUGUAUUUCAGUAAAAAUAAGCAUGUCCAGAAGUUUUGUCACUUUACUUGCAAACCGUUGUGGUUGCUUCAAAAAAUGCUCGUUAAAUGAUACGCUAUAAGUGUAACAUAUAAAUUUAUGUUACAUAUAAUUUGUCAUAUAAUUUGUAUGAACGAUAAGGAUUAUAUUUCGAGUUAGUUUGUUUCCUUGUUCGAACUGCAUAAAAUUGUGUCGACAAUCCUCAACGGUGUCAAAUAUUUUAUGGUGUAGCAAAAAGCGAAUUGAAAAACAACUUAACACGUGUAUUUCGAUUAUCAUAAUGUAACAUGUUGAGGUCCCUCCGAUAUUACCGUUUGACGUGGACGGUAACGUGUCACAUUUACAAAUAUGUACUUUAUGUAGUAGGUUGUCCGGAAAGUUCAUGCCGAUUUUGUCAUUACGUUACCUACCACAAAUUGGCACGAACUUUCCGGACAACCCAAUAUUAUUAAAUUCAUCCGCGGACAAUGGCCAAAUUGAGUGAACGAAUAACGAAAAUGGCUUAUUAAAUAUCUCCAAUAAAAUUAAGAAACAUAAAAUAUUAGCAUUGUCGUUAUACGUUGAUAUCGUCUGUCGUAAUCUUAUACCUAACCUUAAUUAAGAAGCAAUGCUUAUGAUCAAACGUAAUUUUGCAAUGAUAGUGAGAGAAAGAAAUAAUAUAUUCCUCCUUCUCUUCCUUCUACUUUGCAUUUCGAGCUAUGCACUGAUUGCGAGAUUUCGUCGAAGGGAGCGAGAAGAUUAUUUUUCGGUAGAUGAAGAUGAUGCCACUGUUUAUAGGAUCAGUCUUUUAUUGUGUACCGUUGCUUUAGCAGUGUCUAUUGGAGCAACGUUGUUACUACCUGUGUCCAUCGCUAGCAAUGAGGUUCUCAUAUUGUAUCCUAAUAGCUAUUACGUCAAGUGGCUCAAUAGUUCUCUCAUACAAGGACUUUGGAAUCAUGUUUUCCUCUUUUCCAAUUUAUCUCUCUUCGUGUUUUUACCAUUCGCCUAUUUAUUCACAGAAUCGGAAGGAUUUGUCUGUUAUAAAAAGGGUGUUAUGGCCAGAGUAUAUGAAACUGUAACAGUUUUGUGCCUAUUGGGAACACUCGUGCUGGGAAUGGUUUAUGUUUUGUCUGCUCUCAUAGAUUAUCAGAAAUCUAGUCUCCAUACAUUAUUGAAUAUAUGGAGCUAUUAUUUACCUUUUCUCUACUCUUGUGUCUCUUUCGUGGGUGUAAUGUUGCUAUUAUUAUGUACCCCAGUUGGAUUUGUGCGAUUAUUCGGUGUUGUGGGCUCGUUUCUCGUAAAACCUCAGUUCCUAAAAAAUUUGGACGAAGAAUUUUUUGCUUAUAGAUUAGAGGAGGAUUGCAUUAGAAGAAGACUGCAACACGCAAAAGCGACAGGUAAAUCGUAUGUUUCGCCAGUACCUAUGUCCUUACCAGGUUGUAAUGCAACGGUCGAAGACGACGAACUUCUUAAUCUGAGUCCUGGAUUAAUGUGCCUCAGAAAUGGCGCUCUUCAACGUGGACUGGCCCAGAGAUUAGAAGAUGUUCAAAAGAAAAGAAACAUUUUAGACGAACAAAGACGGACCUGGUGGGUACGAAGAACGCUACUUUAUCCUUUGGCAAUGAUCGCUCUACUUAUUCUCUCCACUGCCACGGCCUUAUUAGCGGUUCAGAAUACCUUGGAACUUCUUAUCGGUAUUAAAGCUCUACCAUUAAGUACGAGGCAAUUCACACUGGGCAUCAGUUCGUUGUCGAAACUCGGACCUAUCGGAGCUACCGUUGAAGUCUCGGUGAUACUUUACCUAGCUGCAACGAGCGCGAUUGGACUUUAUUCGCUUCCAGGAGUGAGAAGGGUACAACCACGACUUCGUUCUACUCCACUUACGCAUCUCAUCGCCAAUUGCGUUCUUUUACUUGUACUCAGUUCGGCAUUACCAUUGCUCUCUCGAAUAUUAGGAAUGACGAAUUUUGAUCUGCUGGGAGACUUUGGUCGAAUAGAAUGGCUUGGCAAUUUUAAACUCGUAUUCUUGUAUAACUUAAUUUUUGCUACGGCGGCAAUCAGUUGCUUAGUUACGAAAUUUACAGCAACCGUAAGAAAAGAAAUUUAUGCCAGAUUGAGGAGUAGUUUCGUAGGCAUAUUUAAAGGAGAAUGCAAAAAGAAUUCAUUGGCAAUGUUUUCUACAAAAGAAGAAUAGACUGAUAUAUCGUGAGGAAGAAACAACAAAAAUGUAUACUUCUUAUUCAUUGCUUAAUAGAAAGCAAAAAGCAGUGAUAUAACGAUAAAAAAAAUUUUUUCUUGAUUUGUUUAAUCGUAUAAAAUUAUGUAAUAUCGAGAAUUUUUAAAGGAAAGACUAAUUAUUUGCACUGAUUGCAAUCAAAAUGUUAGAUUCUAACGGCGUGCAUCAUCUCACUUGUUUAUUCUUUUAAAAUUUCUCUAUCAGGACAAAAAAGCAUAAGUGCGAGGUUGAUUAAAAUAAAUAAUAUAAUUCUGAUAUCGAAUAUAGUACUAGCGAUUAUUUAUCAUAUAGUUACUAUUCUAAUUAUUAUUUAUCUUGAAGCAUAAUAUAUGCGUCUAACUUACGAGUGUUUAAUAAAAAUAAAUCGGAGGUAGUCACGACAAUGACAAGACAGUAUUAUGAUAAAGACAAAAUAGACGUAUCAAAUGGAUGCGUGAACUUUCGAUGGCAUAUUGCAUAAUGCGUAUUCGGCUUUAUCGUAACUUCCUUCAAAAAUUCCGCAGACAAUCUUUUUUCUAUCAAAUGGUUCAUUGAGGGAAAAUUUUUUUUCUGUUUAUAGCAUGAAAUUCUAACCUUUAUAAUUUAAAUUUCUCUUAUAUAGCAGAAAAUAGCUAAAAUUUUACUCGCCCAUUGCCAAAAUUUACAAGUAGAUGCAUUUCAAUCGAUUUUGUACGAACAUUUAUUUAUUGCAAUGCAUUUCACAGAAAUGUUGUCGUCACUAUUUUUGUUUAUCGUGAAAUUGCCUUGUUAUAAAAAAAAUACAUAUGUGAUGGAAAUGAAUAAUUAAUAAGACAAAAAAUAGGAGGACGUUGAAAAAGUAAUGAUACUUCUUAAUGAGUCUUUCGUUGUCCUUCGAUAAAAUAAUAAAUUAAUAACAUGCAUUUUAAUGCAUAUAGACAGACUGUAUGCAAUGCUUUAAAGUUAAUGGAGAAGAGGUAAUAUAUAUUAUUUAUCUUGCUUAUAAAAAGCAGUUGAUAUAAAUGGAAUCGAUUCAAUAUUUAUCAAAAUGCAAAUCUUUAAGUAAAUAUGUAUUUUUACACGUGAAAGCUUUAGAUCCUCUGUAUCCAUGACUAUUUAGCAUCUGUAUUAGUGCUAGGUAAAUUUCUUAGAUUUUUUGCAGCAAUAUUAUGUGAUAAUACAUCUUGUCAAGAAGACAAUACAAUAUUAAGACGUGCACUGGCACUAACAUACUCAUGAUAUUUUUUAUAUAUUACGUAUAUAGGAUAUAAUUUCUCAGGAUAUAAAGUGUACUGUUUUACACUUAUGUUAUACAUUCUUCAAGUGAUGUCAUGAAAUUCUUGCUUAUUUUUACGACAAAUUAAUUUGUCAAACUGAAGUAUUUUAUUGGCAUCAUUGACUUAAAAAUAUUAUAUUAUAUUUUUCUCGAAAGACAUCGUUCAUGUACGUGUGUGUGUAUGUGUGUGCGCGCGCGUGUAUGUGUAUAAAACUCGCGCUGAUAAAAAAUCUGUAAUAUACUUAAUAUCUAGAAAAUCCUACGAAUACGUUAUUGUAACAUUUUUUUUAUAUUAUGGGAUAAAAGUUUUUAUAAACGUUAUAAUACUUUAUCCACCGAUAUUAUCUGUAUCAUAGUUAAAAAUAUGUAAAUAAUGUUAUUUAUUCUUGUGUAUGUACACUUGCACAUACAAUUUUGUGAAAACAAAUGAA